AUGACAUCGAUAACACGAAAAGUAAUUUCAAAGCUGACAACAGUUUAUAGAAAUAUCAAUCCGUCGACACUCAAUGGUGCGAUUGAUAUUAUUGUCGUUCAACAAGAGGACGGAACACUCCGGUGUACACCAUUUCAUGUUCGUUUUGGAAAAUUAGGUGUUCUACAAAGUUUACAAAAUAAAGUCUAUAUAACAAUAAAUGAUAUUCCGGUCGAAGAUUUAUAUAUGCAAUUGGGCGAAGCCGGUGAAGCUGUUUUUGUUGAAGAGGACACCAGUACAUCUGCUGUUACUCAACCAGCUCGUCAAUUAGAACCUUCGAAUAACAAUACAUGUGUUGAUCUCGACAAUGUCACAUCAUUUCCAUCCGAAACCGACUCUCAUUCACAUUUGUCAAAUAUCGAUUCUACACCUCAAACAAUAAGUCAAAAGGCUGAUGAAAAAGAUCCAAUUGAAUUUUUUUAUCCAUCGAGCGAAACUUAUGUAUAUGAAGAAGAAUCAAAACCCGUUAUUAACAUUGAUGUUGUUCAUUCAGAUACAUUUUUAACAACACGUCGUCGCCCGAGACGUCGGCUAUUUACACGUGCUGAUCAAUCUAGUAAACAAGCGAGUGAAGAUGAUGAUCAAGAUGUAUACGAUCAAUUUUCUUCAUUGAAACGUCGUUCACGCGCACGAAAACGUGAAUCAAUACCUACGACAACAAAUAAUGAUACAGAUUCCAUAACAUCAACAAAUACGAAUGAAAAAUUUCGUCGAUCAGUAAAACUUCUACGUAAACGUAGUGCAAGUGAAAAUGACUUACAACUAUUUCAAUUUGAUCCUGAAUUAUCAGCAUUUAUCAAUGAAUCGAAUUGUUUUAAGAGUAUUGAUAAUCGACCGAAAACACUUGAUUUAAAUCGACAAAGUACUAUAGAAGAAUACUCUAGUAUUGCAGACAAGGAUAAUAUUGAUAAUAAACCAGCAAGAAAUCUAUCGAAUCCGAUAGUAAUCGAACAAAUAUUUGAAUCAGCACAAACUAUUGACGAAACUGAUACGUUGACAAGUUCAAUUCUAUCAAAAUCAGCACCAUUAGAUACACUUAGUACAAAUACUCUUCGUAUCAGUCAAUCCGAUGAUCCUGUAGAGGAUUUUUAUUCACAUGAAGGAUAUUCAGCAACAUCCUCCUAUGAAAGUGCAUCAUCUCCACGACCAACAAGUCCAAAGUCCGAUACAGAAUAUGAAUUGGACAAAUCGUCUCAGCAAUCAUCGAAUACAGGUUGGCGAUGGAAAUGGGGGGAAUUGCCCGAACAGCGACAAAGUGUUUUCAGAUAUUUGUGGCCAGCAUCGAAAAAAACUCCACCAAAAGAAGGUAUUUACCUUGAUGAUAUUACAAGUAAUCGGUGUGUUGAUCGAUCUCUUUAUUUACCUCAAAUGGAUUAUCAUCAACAUCACCAACGAACAACGAAUGACGACGAUCAAGAAUCGGGAACAGGAAAUUCAAUACCACAAUCACCAUUUCGAGAACACGAAGCUACUUGUCUUCUUGGCGAUGCUCAACUUUCUCUUUGUGGCAAUAUUAAUAAACAAUCGCUAAUUACUGACGAAGUAUUUUAUGCAAAUCUCGUUUCGUUUGAAACAUUUCUUAAUAAUCCAUCGAUUGUUAGUGAUCCUAAUUUAGUGGUUCGCAUUAAUGGAAAAUAUUAUAAUUGGAAUGUAGCUUCAGCACUUAUUGUAUCGACCAGUAUUUAUCAUAAACCAUUACCGAAUGAAGUAGUUGAGCAAUUACAAGAGAAACACAUGGCACAAGAAAAACCACGUUCAACAGGAGGUGGCUGGUGGUUACCAUUUUAUGGUAAAAAGUCGGAUAUGAAAGUUGAAACUCCAAAAGUAACCACACCAAUCACAGCAACAGAUGCUAUUGCAGCAGCUGCUAAAUCCGAAGUUGUACCAACAGCAUUGACUCCUCAAGAUUCCAAUGGAAAUAAUACAUCUUCUAAAAAUUCAAAAACAGAUAAUGAUAGUGAACAAGAAGAUAGUGAAGUAAGAAAAUUAACAGCUAAAAUUGAACAAGAAAAACAACAACAACAACAACAACAACCGCGACCGCCUUCAACACAUUCUUCUCAUCAAACAGCAUUAAAAAAAACGAUGAUACUUUCGUCCGAUGAAUUAAAACGUUUAAAUCUUAAAUUGGGUAAAAAUAAAGUUGAAUUUAGUGUCACAACAUCCAUACAAGGUACAACAACAGUUGAUGCGAACAUCUUCUUGUUUGAUCAUAUGACAAAAUUUGUUAUUUCUGAUAUUGACGGAACAAUAACCAAAUCAGAUGUUUUGGGACAUAUUAUUCCAUUAGUUGGUGGCGAUUGGUCACAUGAUGGUAUAGCAGAAUUUUUUAAUGCUAUCCAAGAAAAUGGUUAUCAAUUUAUUUAUCUGUCUGCACGUGCUAUUGGACAAAGUCAAAUAACGCGAAAUUUUUUGAAAAACGUAAAACAAUACGAUCGAGAACUACCUAUUGGGCCAUUACUCAUCUCACCUGAUACAUUAAUGACAGCACUUUAUCGAGAAGUUAUUGAGAAAAAACCUGAAUAUUUUAAAAUAGAAUGUUUAAAAAAUAUUGCAAGCCUUUUUCCUGCCAAAAAUCCAUUUUACGCUGGUUUUGGUAACCGAAUUAAUGAUCAAUGGGCAUAUACCGCUGUUGGAAUACCAGUAACUCGCAUCUAUACAAUAAAUCCACGUGGUGAAGUUGUACGACAAGAACUAUCGGAAACUUUAUUGACUUCAUAUAAAAAUCUACAUGAAAUUGUUGACCUCUUGUUCCCACCCAUGGAUUCAUUUUCUGCUAGUGAAACAUAUUCAGGUUAUACAUAUUGGCAUUCAGGACCAUCUAUUGAUCUAUUUAAAGACGAGAUGUGUACAGACUUACAAGAAAUAGCAAAAAAACAAAAAGCAGCUAAAUCAAAUUCAAAAAAUAAGGGAUCAACAGCAACAACACCAACAUCAAGUACCAUACAAAAAACAGCACCAACAGCGACUACUGUUAAAUCUAAUGGCAAUAAAUCUUUAGCAGCAGUUCAAUCAAUUGACUAUUCAGUAAAACGAGCAUAA